AAGUGCAACACGGUGCGCACAGACAGUUACCGCUUAACGACGUCCCCGAUCGUCAUGGAUUCAAAAGAAAAUAGUUUCAACAUCUGGACAGACUACACUGGACUCUCGGACACGGUCAGAGAGAUCCGGAAUCGGAACAUCGCCGCCGCCGAUUCUGUUGCCAGCACGUCGAUGCGCCUCGACGCAGAAGCAAGCGCGGAUGAACUCGCCGAAAGACCGUCGGGUUUUAACAGUGACUCCUCGCUGCCUGGCUCGAUGGCUAUUCCCAACCCAGCGGGCAUGUCUCGGUUUGCACCAGAACCAGCCGGCGCCCAUGAUGCGCUGCAGACCGCGACUCUUCACAGAGCUCCAGCUCCAGAGCCGCCUGCGCGUCCUUUUCCUCCAGCGCGCAUGUUCUGCAGCUUCUGCAAAAACAACGGCGAGUCCGUGGUGAUCUACGGAUCCCACAUGCUGAAGAACCAGGCGGGGGAUGUUGUAUGCCCCUACCUGCGGCAGUACGUGUGUCCUCUGUGCGGCGCCACGGGGGACAGAGCCCACACCAAGCGAUUCUGUCCCAGAGUAGACAGCUGGUACCAGUCGGUGUACAUCAAGAACAGAUGCUGAUGUAACAAGUGGCCCUCAGACGAUUUCUCCAGUGUGGGAGGAACUAAUGUAUCCGUCAUCAUCGGACGCUGCUGCGAAAGGUUCAGAGUUCAAGGCCCCAGUACACCUCAGCCGUACUUCACUCUCAACCGAUCACACAAGAACAGCUUAGGGUCACCACUUGUCACCUCUUGGAGAUGUGGGGAUUGGAGGAGACGGCAUACACCCUGGACGUGUUAGGAUUAGUCAUUUUAUUGUAUAUAGUUUUUUUAAACUGCUGAUAUUAAUGUAUAUUCUUUUGAUGUUGUUUUUUUUAACGGAUUUUGUUUGUUUCAGACCUAGUUGAUAAUCGCUACACACUGCUGACUGUGUGAAAACAGUUAUUGUUUUGGUCUUUGUGCUUCUGUUUGACAAAUUUUGCUGAUGCUGUUAAUUUAGUCUUCUGUCCUUCUCACAUUUCUGACCUUACAAACUACUUAACUUAACCUUUUAGUGCUUACAUGGUUUCAGAUCUCUUUUUUAUCUCCUGGUGGUUAAGUUGUUAGGUCUUUUAGCUUUCUCUUUAGCUGCCAUGCAAGUUGGAUUUUGUGUCUUGUAUUUGUUACCACGUGCUUCAGUGCAGUCUAAAAUAAAAACUCUU